AUGGGUUGCACACAUUCCACUACUGCAAAAGACCCAACUGAGUUAAAGCCUGCUGAGACCACGUCAGCAAUUGCUGGUACAGACACCUUUGCCGAGGAGACGCCGGUUGUUGAGGCUACUAUUAAGAAAGAAGGUAUUGAAGAGAAGUCUGUGAAGAUCGAAACCGCCGUGGAGAAGGAGCGUGUUGAAUCCGUUGCAGAAGUACUUAAAGAAGAAGAGCCUGUAGUGAAAGGAUCUGUUAUUGAAGAGGAGCCCAAGAUCGAGGAGCCCAAGGUCGAGGAGCCCAAGGUCGAGGAGCCCAAGGUCGAGGAGUCAAAGGUCGAGGAGCCAAAGGUUCAAGUUUCCUCUGUUGUGAUUGCUAAUGAAAUCGAGGAGCAGAAAGACAACGAUUCUGUCGCACCCACGCCUAUCGUUACUUGUGCUGACAACAGUGCCGAAGAGACGGUGGUGACCGAAGUGACACUUAAAAGUACCAUCGAAAAUGAGAUUAUCGAACACGUUGCAGAUGCAACCGAGGGCAAAGAGGCUGUUCAGAUAAGGACUUCUAAUGAGGAGGAGGCCAAGGUCAACAAUGUUCCUGGCAUGACAGCUGAUAAGGGUGAAGGGGAGCUCACGGUAACGAUAGCUAAUGCGAUCGAGGAUGAAAAGCCCGUCGACGAAGAUUCCGCUGUCGUAAACGCUGACGGAGAUAAGGAGUCAAGUGAAGACGAGCCUCAAAUCGAUGAUCUCAAGAAAGAAGAGCUUGAGAUCGAGAAAUUCGAAGGCAAAGUUGUCAAAGAUGAGAAGCUUAGUACAAAAGAAGGAGAUGCUGAGCAGCUUAAGAAUGACGAACGUGCUGAGAAAAAGGAUCUUGAGGCUGAUGAAACUGUCAAACAUGAGGCCCACGUCGAAGAUCUGAACAGUGGAGCGAUGACUGGGUAA